GAAAUAGUAUAGUUAUAGUCGUUUAGGGUUCGCGUUUGUUUGUGAUUGCCGCCUGUUAUAAUCGCGCCAAAGCCAAACUAUCACAAACCUUCUUCUUCACAUUCUCAUUGCCAUUCACUCAGAUCCUUCAAUCUCUUCUUCUUCUUCUUCCCCUUUUCAGGUGGUGAGGAGUUUGAUACUUGCCGCUCCCAUUUUCAAAAAUAAAAGAUGAAUUCCAGCUCAAGAUAUAUAGUGCUUAGUGAAUUUUCCCCACAUUAAGGGAAAAUGAUUUCUUGCUUGAGGUUGAGCUCAAUUCUGUUUGUUACGACCCUCAAAAUCUUAUUAGGUUGUCAGUGAUCUGUCAGAUUUGCGUCAACUCAUAAGCGUGUCUACGACCUUUUUUCUCCUUCUCCAAAUCUUCUCUUGCGCCCUUCUUACCGCCAUCAUCAUCAUCAUCAUCAUCAUCAUCAUCGACUUUCAUCUGGUUCAGCCUUCGUGCACGAAUGGACAAAUUUCUGAUGCUUGGGAACAUUGGUAGGGCUGCCCAAUCUAUUCUUAGAAUCCAUAAAAGCAGAUAUCCAGGUGUGAGUAGAAAUGGAGUUUUGGUCUCAGUUGCACCCAAUAUCAGCCGAUGCAGGAUGUAUACGCAAUGUAUGUUUCCUAAUAAAGGAUUUAGAUCAUUCAUGUGGCAAGGAACUAGAGAAAACUUUCACAAAGGCCGUUCUUUUUGGAACAUCUCUGCAAUCUCAGCAAAAAAUAUAGCGGCACGUAAUUCUCAAAUUGGUUGGAAGUUGCUGUACAAAAUAUAUUCUUCCAAUGUUUAUAGUGGAUCUACCUCCAUAAAUAUGAUUGCUCAAGCAGUGAGCCUGGCUUUGGCUCGUUCUUAUUUUCUGGUUCCUAGUAUUUUUGCAUUUGCAUGUGGAGAGCUAGCAUUGGCGCAGCAAAAUCGGUCAGAUGCAGGGAGUUACCCUUCACAAAAUGCUUUGUGUAUGCAUGCACAAGAUGGAUACAGUAGCAUGUUUGCAUUUGCAUUCAUUGUGGUAGAAGGGCUGUUCUUGUUAGCAAGAGCUAUAUAUCUAGCAAUAUUAUUCUCUCCAAGCAUACUGAUGUUUGCACUUCCAGAUUAUUUUGGACCAGAGUUCAGGAAAACGUGGCUCCGGGUUGUUCGCCGCACACUAGAAAGAGCAGGUCCAGCAUUCAUAAAAUUGGGUCAGUGGGCUGCUACGCGGCCUGAUUUAAUUCCUCAAGAUCUAUGUACUGAGCUUGCAAAACUUCAUUCUAAAGCACCCGAGCAUAGUUUUAGCUACACAAAGAAAACUAUAGAGAGGGCAUUUGGUCGUAAAAUUUCUGAAAUGUUUGAGAGUUUUGAAGAAUUGCCUGUUGCAUCCGGAAGUAUUGCUCAAGUGCAUCGUGCUUCUUUAAAAUCUUGUUACCCUGGUCAGCAAAUAAAGCCCAUGGUAGUUGCAGUGAAGGUCAGACAUCCUGGUGUGGGAGGAGAAUCUAUCAGAAGGGAUUUUGCUAUAAUCAAUUUUGUGGCAAAAUCUUCAAAGUUCAUCCCUGCAAUUAAUUGGUUAAGGUUGGAUGAAAUUGUUCAGCAGUUUGCAGUUUUCAUGAUGUCUCAAGUUGACCUUACAAGAGAAGCUGCUCAUUUGAACCGCUUUAUUUACAACUUCCGUCAAUGGAGGGAUGUGUCUUUCCCUAAGCCUGUUUAUCCACUUGUGCAUCCCGCAGUUUUGGUGGAAACAUAUGAAAAUGGAGAAAGUAUCUCGCAUUAUGUUGAUGAGCUUCAAGGACAUGAAGGGAUUAAAAGUGCUCUUGCUCAUAUUGGUAGUAACGCACUUUUGAAGAUGCUUCUGGUGGACAACUUCAUUCAUGCUGACAUGCAUCCUGGAAAUAUCCUUGUUCGAGUGCCUCAGAGCAAGGAUCGCAAACGGUUCUUCAAAUCAAAGCCUCAUGUAAUUUUCCUCGACGUAGGCAUGACUGCUGAACUCUCUGGUAGCGAUCGGGUAAAUUUAUUGGAAUUUUUCAAAGCUGUUGCCCGCAGAGAUGGUCGGACUGCUGCUGAGUGCACACUCAGGUUGUCAAAGGAACAGAGUUGCCCUAAUCCGAAGGCUUAUAUUGAGGAAGUGGAAAAGGCAUUUACCUUUUGGGGCACUCGAGAAGGUGACGCAGUUCACCCUGCCGAGUGCAUGGAGCAAUUACUUGAGAAAGUUAGGCGGCAUAGAGUUAAGAUUGAUGGCAAUGUUUGUACUGUCAUAGUGACCACCUUGGUUCUGGAGGGUUGGCAACGCAAGCUUGAUCCCGGGUAUGAUGUGAUGGAGACUCUGCAGACAUUGCUGCUUAGAGCUGAUUGGGCAAAGUCUUUUGCUUACACAAUUGAAAGCCUCAUGGCUCCUUGAGGGAGGUUUCUUUCUUUCUUGAGGUUACUCAAACAAUUUUGAUAUGUACCGAAUAACUGAGGGCAUUUGUCCCUUCUUUUUGGUUGUCUCAUAUUGAGAAACUUAUACCCUGUAAUUAUAUUUGUCAGUUAUUACUGUGUGCUUGAGCAUCACAGUUUCUUUUUUUUUUUUUUUUUUUGUGUUAACCCUCCGGUUUUCAGGGGAAGGAGACCCUGGUAAUCCGGAGUUCGGCCUUGAGGUAAGUAAAACCUGACAAAAAAUUGUUUCUCCCAAGAAUUGAAUUGAACAUUACAAGAAAAGGUUGAUAAAGAGAUUGAUAUUUGUGUCCAUUAUACUAUUGUAACACAUGAAGCUUAAUAAUAAUUUAUGUUUACUUAUGUUGGAUGUCACUAUUUCGGAUUGUAUGCUC